UUCAGAGUGACACAGGAAAUGACGCAGUCUUAAGCUUGUGGCGUUUACCCGUGAAGUAUAAUAUGAAUUAAUUUAAUUUUUUGUAAGCUUGGUUCAGUUUAUUCACAAAAUUAUGACGGCGAAGCGGAAAUCUGACAUCCUUGUUCCUGCGGAGGAAAGUGACCAGCUGCUUAUCCGGCCCAUAGGGGCGGGUCAGGAAGUGGGACGGUCUUGCAUCAUCCUAGAGUUUAAAGGUCGAAAGAUCAUGUUGGACUGUGGGAUCCAUCCCGGUCUGGAAGGGAUGGACGCGCUGCCCUACAUUGACUUGAUCGAUCCAGCUGAGAUUGACCUGCUGCUGAUCAGUCAUUUCCACCUGGAUCACUGCGGUGCACUCCCCUGGUUCCUGCAAAAAACCACUUUUAAGGGACGCACCUUCAUGACUCAUGCCACCAAGGCCAUCUACCGCUGGCUGCUGUCCGACUACGUCAAAGUCAGUAACAUUUCAGCUGAUGACAUGCUCUACACGGAGACCGACCUGGAUGAGAGCAUGGAGAAGAUAGAGACCAUCAACUUCCAUGAGGUUAAAGAAGUGGCUGGCAUUAAGUUUUGGUGUUACCACGCGGGCCACGUCCUGGGAGCUGCCAUGUUCAUGAUCGAGAUUGCCGGGGUCAAGUUGUUGUACACUGGAGAUUUUUCCCGUCAGGAGGAUCGCCAUCUUAUGGCGGCAGAGAUUCCCAGCGUCAAACCGGAUAUUCUCAUCACUGAGUCCACCUACGGGACUCAUAUCCACGAGAAGCGCGAGGAGAGGGAGGCCCGCUUCUGUAACACCGUCCAUGACAUCGUCAACAGGGAGGGCCGCUGUCUCAUCCCCGUCUUUGCUUUGGGGCGAGCCCAAGAGCUGCUGCUCAUCCUGGAUGAAUACUGGCAGAACCACCCGGAGCUUCAUGACAUCCCCAUCUACUACGCCUCCUCUCUGGCCAGGAAGUGCAUGGCGGUCUACCAGACCUACAUCCACGCCAUGAAUGACAAAAUCCGCAAGGCCAUCAAUGUCAACAACCCGUUUGUCUUCAAGCACAUUAGCAACCUGAAGAGCAUGGACCAUUUCGAUGACAUUGGUCCCAGCGUGGUGAUGGCAUCGCCUGGUAUGAUGCAGAGCGGUUUGUCCAGAGAACUGUUUGAGAGCUGGUGCACCGACAAGAGGAACGGCGUCAUCAUCGCCGGAUACUGCGUGGAGGGAACGCUGGCCAAGCACAUCAUGACAGAGCCAGAUGAGAUAACCACCAUGUCGGGUCAGAAGCUCCCACUGAAGAUGUCUGUGGACUACAUCUCCUUCUCCGCUCACACAGACUACCAGCAGACCAGCGAGUUCAUCCGAGUCCUGAAACCUCCUCACGUGAUUCUGGUCCAUGGCGAGCAGAAUGAGAUGGCCCGCCUGAAGGCGGCACUGAUCCGUGAGUAUGAAGACAACGACGAGGUUCACAUUGAAGUCCACAAUCCGCGAAAUACGGAAGCCGUCACACUAACCUUCAGAGGAGAGAAACUGGCCAAGGUGAUGGGCUCACUGGCAGAAAAGAAGUGUGGGCAGGGUCAGCGGGUUUCCGGGAUCCUGGUCAAACGAAACUUCAACUACCACAUCCUGACGCCCUCUGACCUCUCCAGAUACACAGACCUGUGUAUGGCAACUGUGACGCAGAAUCAGGCCAUCCCGUUCACCGGACCCAUCUCCCUGCUUGUUAGCCAGCUCCGCAGUCUGGCCGGAGACGUGGAGCAGGUGGAGGGAACGGAGAAGAUCACGGUCCGGGUCUUCAGGGCCAUCACCCUGGUUCACGAGGCCGGCAUGGUGCUGUUGGAGUGGAUCGCCAACCCGCUUAACGACAUGUACGCUGAUGCCGUCGCGACGGUGGUCCUGGAGGUCCAGUCGAACCCUAACGCCCAGAAGUUUCUUGAGAACAGGAAGGAAACGUUUGAUAUGUUCGUGGAGCGCUUGGAGCUCAUGCUGCAUGACAUGUUUGGCGUGAACUGCGUGGACUCCAAAGAUGGGAAAUGUCUGAGCGUGACUGUGGACGCUGUCGUCAUUUGCAUCGACCCAGAAACCAGAACGGUGCAGUACGCGGAGGGAAGUGCUGAGGAUGACUCGCUGAGGGAGAUAUUGGAGGUCUCUGUCCACAGACUUUAUGAGGCCCUCAACCCUGUGUUCUGACAAGCUCCACCCACUGUGAUGUCUGGGUCAGUCGUGACCCGUGUGAACUGGUUGGACAUUUCGCUUUCUGUUAACGACACAUUUGCGUUAUUGUACAAAGAGUGAUUCCAAAGGAAUCAGGGAACAUUCUGGAUUCUCAUCUGCAGAUGUUUUCAUCCAAAACUACAUAAAAUUUCAAAUUUAAUGUCUUUAUGUGGAAAAUAAAGACAUGUUAGACCAGUG